GUGGAGCCCAGUGCCUCUGAGGCGGCAAAGCUUCCCAGCCCUCCAUCUGGUCUCAGCCCAGAGCCAAGGCCAGAAGAGGGCUCUGAGCCCGGCCCCAUGAGGACGCUACUGACCAUCCUGGCCGCGGGAUCCCUGGCCGCUCACACUGCUGAGAACACCUCAGAUCUUCUUCAGCACGUAAAAUUCCAGUCCAGCAACUUCGAAAACAUCCUGACGUGGGACAGCGGGCUGGAGAGCGCCCCAGACUUGGUCUACAGCGUGGAGUAUAAAACGUAUGGGGAGAGAAAGUGGCUGGUAAAGGAGGGCUGCCAGCGGAUCACCCGGAAAUCCUGCAACCUGACCAUGGAAACGGGCAACUUCAUGGAGCCCUACUACGCCCGGGUAACUGCCAUCAGCACGGGAGGCCGGUCAGUCACCAAGAUGACCGACCGGUUCACCUCGCUGCAACAGACUACCAUCAAGCCACCCGAUGUGACCUGUAUCCCCAAGGUGAGAUCCAUCCAGAUGGUCAUCCAUCCCACCUCCACACCUAUCCAAGCAGGGGAUGGCCACCGGCUCACCCUGGAGGAUAUCUUCCCUGACCUGUUCUACCGUUUAGAGCUCCAGGUCAACCAAACCUACCAAAUGCACCUUGGAGGGAAGCAGAGAGACUACGAGUUCACUGGCCUGACCCCUGACACAGAGUUCCUUGGGACCACCAUGAUUUUUGUUCCAAACUGGUCCAAAGAGAGCGCCCCCUACGUGUGCCGAGUGAAGACACUGCCAGAUCGGACGUGGACAUACUCCUUCUCGGGCGCCAUCCUCUUCUCCAUGGGCUUCGUCGUCGCGGGGCUCUGUUACCUGAGCUACAGAUACGUCUCCAAGCCACCUCCACCUCCCAACUCCCUGAACGUCCAGCGAGUACUAACCUUCCAGCCUCUGCGGUUCAUCCAGGAACACGUGCUGAUCCCCGUCUUUGACCUGAGCAGCCCCAGCAGUCUGGCUCAGCCCGUCCAGUACUCCCAAGUCAAGGUCUCUGGGCCCAGGGAGUCCCCAGGAGCCCCACCACAGCACAGUGUGUCUGAGAUCACCUAUCUUGGGCAGCCAGACAUCUCCGUUCUCCGGGCCUCUGGAGUGCCACCUCAGCAGACGCUCUCCUCACUGUCCUACGCACCCCAGGCGGCCCCUGAAGUCAAGCCCCUGUCCUAUGCGCCCCAAGUAACCCCCGAAGCUAAAACUCCAUGCUACACUGCACAGGCCAUGGCUGAGGUUCAGCCUCCCUCCUACACCCCUCAGACCGCUCCAGACCGCUGGCCUUCCUAUGGGACCUGCGGGGAAGGCUCUGGCAGAGACUCCCCAUCCGUGACACCCUCUAGUCUCCAACACCGCAGGACUAAAGGUCAGCUCCAGAAAAAGGCGCCAGCUGAAACCCAUAUCCCAGAUGGCCUUUCUCUGCAAGGGGUGACCUCCUUGGAUAUGAAGGACCCCCAAGAAGCAAAUUUCUUCCACCAGCCUCUGGGAGCUCACAAGGACAGAGCACCUGACCCCAGGGUACUACAUAGAGGGGAACCUGGGACACCAUCAUACCUAAAGGGCCAGCUCCCCCUUCUUGCCUCUGUCCAGAUCGAGGGCCACCCGGUCUCCCUCCCUUUGCACACUCCUUCCCUCCCAUGUUCCCCCACAGACCAGGAACCAAGUCCCUGGAGCCUGCUGGAGUCCCUCGUGUGUCCCAAGGAUGAGGGUCCUGAGUCUAGAAUGGAGACCCAGAGCCCAGCCUCUCAGGACUUAGACCUGGAGCCCCCCACAGAACUGGACUCUCUCUUUAGAGGCCUGGCCCUGACCGUGCAGUGGGAGGCCUGAGCAGAGAACAGGGCAGGUCGGGGCUUCCUCCUUGUCCCCACCCAAGCUCACAUCGUUGGCCAUCACUCCCACCCCCAACCUUGCCAUGUGCUCUGCAGCCUUGCCUCAGGGGAAUUCUCUUGAAAGAACCAGAGGAAAGAGGGACCUGGGGCCCCUGCCACGGCUGAGCGAGGUGUCAGAGCAAAGCGGCAUGAUAAGGACUCUGGCUGGAGGAUUCUGAGUGUGCGGCACGUGCAGAUGAGCUCCGCGGGGCAGGAGGGGACCAUCAGAGUGCUGGGUGUUAAUGCACGGAGACCUCACAGAGAUACAGCGCCACUGGCUCCUAAGAGGCUGGACACGAAGUUCUCCACCCCACUCCCAGCCAGUUUCAUAAGCUAAUUCAACAGAGAGUGAGGUCUCUACCUCCUCCUGAGAAACGGAGCCUGGAAAGGACACCCCACAGCAGGCUGGGCCAAACCAGAACUUGGCCCAUGAUAGCACGAUGGCAAGACUCCAGGGAGGGGUGCAGCCUGGGGCUCAGUCCCCACCAAGCCGCUGUUGAAAAUCCACACUGUCUCAACCUGGCUCCUCUGCCAGAGGCUUUACCCCAGGGGAAAAUCAGGUCUACCCGUGAGGGAGAACACACAGGCCUUUCCAGCCCGCAGAAGCUGUAGACCCUCUCCGGAGAGCAGGAUUCGUAAGGAACGGCGGCGGGGUGGAGGGGAGGCACACGGCCCCCAAGAAAGAGUACACACUUCAAGACUUUGAAAACUCAGCCUUGGGUUCAGCUCAUCUGGGUUCAAAUUUCCACCUUACCACUUACCAGCUGUAUGACUUCAAGCAAAUGAAUCACUGCUCAAAACCUCAGUUUCUUCACCUGUAAAAUGGGGAUCGUAAGACCGACUCCACGGGGUUGUGGUGAGGAUGACGUUAACAAUGUCUAUAAAGCAUUUCAUGGGGCCUGGCCCGUGGGCAGUGCCCAAUCAAUGUAGCUACGUCCCCUUGUGAUUUUUUGUAAUCGGGCCGCACAGUGAGUGACCCACUCCCCCAGCUCAGGGUGGUUUCACAUGGGGCAUUUUUUCGUGGGCUCAAAUUAUCCUGACUUUUUCAGGAUUGCUCGAGGCCAGGCCAGAGGGGCUAGACUACCUGGGGGAGGUGGAAGGACGGCGGGGCCUUCUGGAAACAGGGUCCAAAGACAAAUGGAGCCUUCUCUCUGAGGUUGCAGGGGGAAGUUGUUUGGGAGUGCGGUGGCAUUCCCUGAAGAUCUCCUUCCCCACACCUCAGCAGAGGCAGUGAGGUGCUCGGUACUUGGUGUUCGGUACUUGGUGGUCAGUACUUGGUGCUCGGUGCUCGGUGCUCGGUACUCGGUGCUCGCUCACUUGCCUUUCUGCCCCCGUGGCCGCUCUCCCAUAAGGAAAUGGCUCCUUGCUUGUGCUUACAGCAUGCUGGCAUGUCCUUUGUGUCAUUCACCUCCCAGAUGACCCUAGGAUGAGAUAACCAAGGUCCAGAGAGAAGGGACCCAGCUAGGGGGCCUCCCACUGAAGCCAGGACACCGACACCGCUGGAGCUCAAACCCAGCGUUUCCAUCCUCCUCACGAGAAGGAGCUUCCCACACUAGUGUGGGUUCUCGGAGAUGGGAUGGAGGGGGCGGAAGGAAGGCGGCCCCAAUGGGGUCUUUAAGGGGUCAGGACCUGUUGACACCCUGUUGUCCCAAAACCUCUUCUGAACAUUUCUAAGAAACAAGAUCAACGUCUGUUGCCUCAGCAUGACCUUCCCGAGUAUACAAUGUCCUCCGUUCUCUGCACCCAGAUGUGUCUCCCACCUCUUCCUCACCACCCCCCCACCCACACACAACACAGCACCAGCUGGUGGUGCUCUUAUCUGCUUGUUAUUAAUUUUUAACAUCUCUUCAGGGUCACGGGUCUAGAUCCAAUAUCUCCAUAACAGAGGGGUGGGCCACCCUCCUGACCACCUCGGCUGCUCUCUCAGCAGCCGCUAAGGUGGCCCCGUGAUUAUUCCCCUCCCCCACACUGCAAACAAGUCUAUUUCCUGUCACUUGGGGUGAACUUGGCCAAAGGUUGACUAUCUUCAGUAAUGAGAAACAACUUAACAGCCAGACUGUUCUCACCAGGUAAGUGGGACAGGGAGUCACAGAGAUAGAUCUAUUUUUAAGGCCAUAAAAGGGCUGAGAAGCUCUCUAAGCUCCUAGGGGUGACAGAUGUCCCAGCUAUCCAUGACUUUCUGAGGGUGGAGCCUGAGUGCCUAAGAGGAGAGAGGAAUGGCUCUGAGCCC